AAUCUAAACUCGAUUAUCAAAAUAAAACUGUUUUUUCACAAUGGGAAACACAAAUAGAAACUUCUCCGUUUUCUCCAUUAUUAUAUUUUCAUGUUUCUUUGUUCAAUUUGCUCAUGCCAAGAGCAAAGGAGAAGCAUUUGAUCACUAUUUUCAUGCAAAAUAUAGGGGUAAUUCUGGAAUUGAGACCAGUCUUCUUCAAGUAAACCCUAAUGAACAUCAUGUUAAUACACCAAAGAUGAUGAUUCCGGGGGAUUAUGUUGGAUCGAAAGAGAAUGAUAGAAUCGACAGACUGCCCGGACAGCCUGACGUCGAUUUCGAGCAGUACGGUGGCUAUAUUACGACCGAUGAGUCGGCCGGCCGGGCGCUUUAUUAUUAUUUUGCUGAGGCUCAACAUUACCCUAAAGAGUCUCUGCCUCUUCUUCUUUGGCUCAAUGGAGGACCCGGAUGUUCAUCGUUAGGGUAUGGAGCUAUGCAAGAGCUCGGACCAUUCCGAGUACGUAGUGAUGGAAAAACACUUUUCAAAAAUCAUUACUCAUGGAAUUACGCUGCCAAUGUUUUGUUCCUCGAGUCGCCCGCCGGAGUAGGGUUUUCGUAUUCGAAUACGACGUCGGAUUACGACAAGAGCGGAGACCAAAACACAGCCGAUGACAACUAUAGAUUUUUGGUAAAUUGGCUAGAGAGAUUUCCUGAGUACAAAGAUAGAGAUUUUUAUAUUUCUGGAGAAAGCUAUGCUGGACGUUAUGUGCCUGAUCUUGCACAUGCCAUUCUUGACAAUAAUAAGAAGGCUGGCAACCCUAUUAUCAACCUCAAGGGCAUUUUAAUUGGAAAUGCAGUGAUCAAUGACGAGACAGAUAAUCUUGGGAUGUAUGAUUACUUUGCAACACAUGCUAUAAUUUCUCAAGAAGAUAUAGCAAACAUCAAGCAACAUUGUGAUUUCUCACCCAAUGCCACAACUCAAACUCUUGAGUGCAAUUCAGUCCUUGAUAAAACUGACAAACAAACUUCUUAUCUUGACAUUUAUAACAUUUAUGCCCCUCUUUGCACCAAUCCUAACACCACACCAAAACCCAAGAAGGCUUCUUUGGUCAAUUUCGAUCCGUGCAGCGAUUACUACGUGUACGCUUAUCUUAAUCGAGCUGAUGUACAAGAAGCAAUGCAUGCUAAUGUGACGAAGCUUGAUCAUGAUUGGGAACCAUGCAGUGAUAUUAUUAGGCAUUGGGCAUAUGGAUCUUCAACUGUCCUUCCAUUGUUACAAGAGUUCAUGGAUAACGGACUUCGUGUGUGGAUAUUCAGUGGGGAUGUAGAUGGAAGAGUACCAGUAACUUCUACUCAGUAUUCUAUUGAAGCAAUGAACCUUGACAUCAAAACUGAAUGGCAUCCUUGGUACCUCCAAGGAGAGGUUGGAGGGUUCACACAAGUAUACAAAGGAGACCUAACAUUUGCAACAGUAAGAGGAGCAGGACAUCAAGUUCCAAGCUAUAAGCCUUUCAGAGCUCUUUCAUUGAUCAAACAUUUUCUUGAUGGCACUCCUCUCCCUGAUACUACCAGAUAUCCAUCUUAGUUUUUCCAUUAAAACAUUGCUAAUUUUUUUUAGUUAGGGUUUAGAAUUUGGAUCUUAUUUUGCCCUUUAAUAUUUUUAUUAAAGUAGUUUUUUUUUUCUUUUGAGUAAUUGGUUGUGACUUUGAUUAUUUUUAUUUUUAUGAAAGAUUGGAUUGAUCCUAUA